UCUCUAUUAAAACUUUUCAGUUCUCUCUCUCUCUCUCUCUCUCUCUCCAUAUCAACGAUAGAGAGAUGGAUCCAGACGCAGUGGCCAAGGCUUUCGUGGAGCACUACUACACCACCUUCGACGCGAAUCGCGCGGGCUUGGUUUCUCUCUACCAGGAAGGAUCCAUGCUGACCUUCGAAGGGCAGAAGAUCCAGGGCUCUCAGAACAUCGUCGCCAAGCUCACCAGCCUCCCUUUCCAGCAGUGCAAGCACAACAUCACCACCGUCGAUUGCCAGCCCUCUGGUCCCGCCGGCGGUAUGCUCGUCUUCGUCUCCGGAAACCUCCAGCUCGCUGGCGAGCAGCACGCUCUCAAGUUCAGCCAGAUGUUCCAUUUGGUGUCGAAUCAGGGAAACUACUACGUGUUCAACGACAUAUUCAGGUUGAACUAUGCUUGAGGAAUGUGUUGGCAGGGGUAUUAUAUGAACCAUUCUUACAAAAGCCAAAAGAGACUCAUGGAAGUUCAUGUUGGGUUUUAGUAGAUUUGAGAACAUAAGCUUGUUUAUGGUGUUUUUGAAGUCUGUCUUUAUUUUAAUCAAUGGAAGGUCUUUUGUUACUUUGGUUCAGAUGACUCUGUGUUCACAUGAUUCAGUAAGUGCUUAUUGUUAAGGAUAAAACAAAAAGCUUAUUUGAAAGAUGGUUCUCUGUUGGAACCCU